UCCUUUAAUUUCAGCCACAGAGAGAGAGAGCGAGAGUUCGCGUGUGUCUGAGUAGAAACCUCACAGGGGCAGGGCAUUUCCUGAAGAUAAGCUGACUGCUUACGCAUCAGAGGCAAUCCUUCUUGAAUGCUGCUAUUGCAUCUGCUCGGACUGAAGAUAAAUGGGCGGCUCAAAGGAAAACCAAGACCAUCUGGAUUCGCUGAUGCCUUCAUCAAAUCUUCAAGGCUGUUCAAGAAUGGAGGGCAUCAAGUUUAUGAAGGAGAUGACCCAGAGUAAUCGUCGGGCUCUGAGCAAUAUCAAUCAGAAUAUUAUGGAGGCUACUCAUAAGCCUUGUGUGGUCAACAGAAGAGACCCAUUAGGAAGAUAUACAGCACAGACAGUUCAGCACUGCCCUGAAGAAACUAAAAAACUAAGCCUAUUGGCUCCGAACUCCAGUUACCGGUUGGACUGCGAGAUAACAGAUAUUGGAGAAUACGAGGAUGUUGGUGACAAUGGAAUUCCAGUGUUUGUGAAGCACACGGAAGCAAUGCUGGACGAAAUUGACAGAUUAGAGGAAGUGGAAAUGGAAGACGUGGAGGAGCCCGUUAUGGACAUCGAUGUUAGUGAUACGAAAGAUCCACUAGCAGUUGUUGAAUAUAUAGAUGAGAUCUACGAAUUUUAUAAGAAAAUUGAGAAUACCAGCUGCGCCUCUCCAGAUUACAUGGCUGGCCAGUUUGACAUCAAUGAGAAGAUGAGGGCUAUCCUCAUUGACUGGCUUAUCGAGGUUCACUACAAAUUUGAGCUUAUGGAGGAGACAUUGUACCUUACCGUCAGUCUGAUAGACAGGUUCUUGGAGCGUCAGGCGGUGAUCAGAAAGAAGCUUCAGUUGGUCGGUGUAACAGCCAUGCUAAUAGCUUGCAAAUAUGAGGAGGUUUCUGUCCCCACUGUUGAGGAUUUUAUCUUGAUAACAGACAAGGCAUACAAGAGGGAGGAAGUUAUAAAUAUGGAGAAGUUAAUGAUGAACACGUUGCAAUUCAACCUGUGUGUGCCUACUCCAUAUGUGUUCAUGAGGAGAUUUCUUAAAGCAGCUCAAUUUGACAAAAAGCUGGAACUCUCGUCCUCCUUCAUAAUCGAGCUUUGCUUGGUGGAAUACAAAAUGCUCAAGUUUUCACCAUCUUUGCUAGCUGCUGCAGCCAUUUACACAGCUCAGUGUAGUCUGUACCAGUUUAAGCAGUGGACAAAGACGAGUGAAUGGUACACCAAUUACUCGGAAGACCAGCUUCUAGAGUGCUCAAGAAUGAUGGUUACUUUCCAUCAGAAGGCUGGGACUGGAAAACUCACAGGAGUCUGCAGGAAGUACAGCACGUGGAAGUAUGGUUAUGCCGCAAAUAUGAAACCAGCCCUGUUUUUGCUGGGCUCUGAUUGAAGCACGUAGACUAGUACUCUAUCUUCUGCUUGGUC